AUGAUCCGCCGCAAGGACUACAACUCCCACAGUAAACUGCGCAAGGCGCAGGCGCAGCGGCGGCCUCCCAGCAGGGGGAAGCCCUUCAGGUGCUUGGAAUGUGGGAAGACCUUCAGCAGGAGCAACACCCUCCUCACCCACCAGCACAUCCACACUGGGGAACGUCCCUACCCGUGUGGUCAGUGUGGGAAGAGCUUCAGGCAAAGUUCCAACCUUAUCCAACACCAGCGCAUCCACAGUGGGGAAUGGCCCUACACAUGUAGGGAAUGUGGGAAGGGCUUCAGUGACAGCUCCAACCUCCGUACCCACCAGCGCAUCCACACUGGGGAACGUCCCUACAAGUGUGGGGAAUGUGGGAAGAGCUUCAACUGCAACUCCAACCUCCUCAGCCACCAGCGCAUCCACACUGGAGAACGUCCCUACAGGUGUGGGGAAUGUGGGAAGAGUUUCAGACACAGCUCCACCCUCCACUCCCACCAGCACAUCCACACUGGGGAACAGCCCUACACGUGUUGGGAAUGUGGGAAGAGCUUCAACUGCAGCUCCAACCUCCUCAGCCACCAGCGCAUCCACACUGGGGAGCGGCCCUACACAUGUGGGGAAUGUGGAAAGAGUUUCAGUGACAGCUCCAAUCUUCACGCCCACCAACGCAUCCACACCAAGGAACGGCCCUACACAUGUGGGAAAUGUGGGAAGAGGUUUCAGACCAGCUCACAUCUCCUCAGACAUGAGCGGACGCACACGGAUGAGAGGCCCUUCCGCUGCACCGACUGCGGGAAGGGCUUCAAGCAGAACUCCACCCUCCUCACCCACCGGCACAUCCACACCGGGGAGAGGCCCUACAAGUGUGGGGAGUGUUGGAAGAGCUUCACCGACAGCUCUACCUUGACCAAACACCAACAGACCCACCAGUAAGGGAAGCCCUGUGAGUGCCCCGACUGCGGGAAGAGCUUCGGCCGUAGGACUGACACGCAACAAAGGUUUCAAAAGGU